CUGAUAGAGGAUUAAAAAAAAAUUUAAAGAACUAACGGUGAAUAAACAUAAUAUUUUUAGAAGAUAUUUGAUUCAUAAUCAAAAUUAAAAUAUAUUGAAAUUAAAAUUAAAAUGAUCAAAUCAUCUAAAAUAUUUGGUUCGAUUUGAAAUUAAAAUCGAAAUCAAAAUUUGAAUCUUUAAAAGAGAUUAAGAAUUGAAUUUUAGAUAAAUUGAGUCAUUUUUAAUUUACUCUGAUUUUAAUUUUAAAUUUCAAUUUUUUCCGAUCAAAUAUCUCCUUAGGCUACCAUCAAUCCAGCAUCUUGAUCCUUCUGGACAUAUGCUGGGGACGCCAGAAUAUAAUCUCACUGUGCAACUUCAUUGUCGGUUAUAUCCUCCUGCUUGUCGUUCAUCCGGUCAUUCAAAUAUCCGCCACAUUCCUCAACUAUUAAAAAUUCCUAAAAAGAAGAUUGCAGAGAUCGCAACCACAAGAAUUUGUCCAUCCAGGUUUUACCAAAAAAAAAAAAAAAAAUUCUCCAUCCAGCCCUAAAAAUUGAUGCAUCUUGUACCUUGCACGUGCCUCAUCAAAAGUAUCAACCAAUGAUUUCGCCCAGAGAUUCGAGCUGUCUACCCUGGAACCGCUACCACCUUUGCUUCCUCUCGCUCCCUCUCCCUCGCUCACCUGCCAAGUUACUUCCAAACUAAGUAUCCAUCAGCUACAUAAACCGCAAACAGACAAACCCAGAGAAAACAACCACAAAAACCAAAAAUGAAAAUUUAUCCCCUCUCCUACGUGUCACUCCUCCUGCUCCACUCCCUUCUUCUGUCCACCGGCGCCGCCUCCGGCGACGACUCCACCUUGGUCUACGCCGCCUGCUCCAACCUCAAGUACGAUCCAAACUCCCCCUACCAGUCCAACCUCGACUCCCUCCUCACCUCCUUCGCCAACGCCGCCGCCCUCUCCACUUACUCCAACUUCUCCUCCUCUUUCGCCACCCCCGCCGCCCCCAUCUUUGGCCUCUACCAGUGCCGCAGCGACCUCUCUCUCCCCGACUGCGCCUCCUGCGUCCGCUCCGCCCUCCCCCAACUCUCCACCCUCUGCCCCUCCGACACCGCAGCCACCCUCCAGCUUCGCGGCUGCUACCUCCGCUACGGCAACGACUCCUUCCUCGGCCGCCCCGACACCUCCCUCUCCUUCAAGCGCUGCGGCCCCGCCGCCACCUCCGACCACUCCGCCACCAUGAGCGACAUGGCUCUCUCCUCCCUGGCUUCGCCGGGGGCGGCGGUGGGACCGUUCCGGCUCGGCGUCGCCGGGCAGGUGCGCGGGGCGGCGCAGUGCGUCGGGGACUUGAGCCCGGAGGACUGCGGCGCGUGCCUCGCCCACGCCGUCGGGCAGCUGAGGGCGGAGUGCGGCGACUCCGAGUCGGGGGACAUGUACCUGGGGAAGUGUUACGCGAGGUUCUGGUCCGGAGACGGUGAUGAUGACUUCUCUUCGGCUCACCGGCGGUCGCUGUACCGGGCUCUGUGGCUCCUUCUCAGUGUGGUGGCGGCGAGCAUCUAGUUUACUCGAUUGCUUUCUAAAGUUUGGAUGGGCCUUUUUCCUCUUUUGGUAAUGAAGUUUGGAUGGGCUUUUGCUAGCUGUUUAUAAAACGACGAGCUUGAGGUGGCUUUGUCUGCU